AUAUCCCAUCCCGUAUUCGCGUAGUCAAACCUCUAAUGAGGCUCAACACUCUGGUUAUAGUUGGAAACGCUGUUAACAAAUACGGAGUACGAAGUUUAUGCAUUAUCCAGAGCUCCAAGCAGGCUCCUGCCCAGAAUAUCCCAGCAAAAAGCCAGUGGCUGUAGUAGAGAUGAAUUUGCAAUAUGCUGGAAGAUUUCAGUGCUCAUCCUUGAUAGUAGAAUCUAGCUUGAAGGUGUCGAUUUCUGGCGGUCAUAUAUCUAGCUCACAAUCAAAGAGAACCCUUGUGCCACUUUUGAGAAGGGAGGGGAGUUUUUGCCUUUCUUCAUGGAACCUCCUGACACUUUCUUUACCGCAUUGUGAUUUCAGAAGAUGGAGAUGUGGAAUUGGUAGAAACACAGGCAAAAGGAAGUAUGGUGAUGAGGAUGGUCUCAUGGAUGAAGAUGAGAGGCGCGAGUGGAGAAAACAGAUUUGGGAUGUGAUUGACAAGUACCCCGAUGUUGAAGAGGAGCUUGAUCCCGAGGAGAAGAGGAAGAAAAUGGAGAGGCUUUUAGCUGAGUACCCUCUUGUUGUGGAGGAAGAAGAUCCUGAUUGGCCUGAGGAUGCUGAUGGAAGGGGUUUUGGUUUGGAUCAGUUCUUUAAUAAGAUCAGUAUCAAGAAUGUGAAGAAAGAUGACGAUGAUGAUGAUGAUUAUGAUAGUGAUAAGGAGAUAGUGUGGCAGGAUGAUGAUUAUAUUCGUCCAAUUAAAGAUAUUACCUCUGCAGAAUGGGAGGAGACAGUGUUCAAGGAUAUCAGUCCUCUAAUUAUUUUAGUGCACAACCGCUAUAAAAGACCAAAAGAAAAUGAACAAUGUCGAGAUGAGUUGGAGAGAGCUGUGAAUAUAAUAUGGAACUGCAGGUUACCAUCGCCUAGGUGUGUUGCUAUAGAUGCAGUUGUUGAUUGUGAUUUGGUCUCUGCUUUAAAGGUCACCAUUUUCCCAGAGCUCAUCUUCACAAAAGCUGGGAAGAUAUUUUAUCGCGAGAAAGCUACAAGGCCAGCAGAUGAAUUAUCUAAGAUGAUGGCGUUCUUUUACUAUGGUGCGGCAAAGCCACCCUUUUUCAAAGAUAUCGAGAACAUUGACGAAACAAUUCCAUCCAGCACUGUGUCUUAGUGAGAAACACUAUGGUGAAGGUAAAGAUAGAAGAUCCUCUAGUUUCUUAUACCUGUUGUAUACGUUGACGUGAUGCUUGUUAGUUAGGAUCAAGAUACAUAACUAGAUGUAUUUACCUCUGUACUCAUGUAGCAAAUGUGAUUUUCCUCUUGCCCCUUGAAAUUAAAAUUUUAAAUCAACAAAUAUUUUCUGCGUUUCA